AUGGAAGCUUCUGGAUUGAGUUAUGCUAGUGUCAAGACGAGCCAAGGCCUUGGGCGCGGCUCGAUCAGAGAGGUGAAAUACCCCGACUGGCUAGCUAAUCCUGUAGUUGUCAAAAAGAAAAACGGAAAGUGGAGAGUCUGUAUCGAUUUCACAGACCUUAAUAAAGCUUGUCCAAAAGACAGCUAUCCACUUCCUCAUAUAGAUCGCUUGGUCGAAGCUACGGCUGGUCACCAGCUCCUAUCCUUCAUGGAUGCGUUUUCUGGGUAUAAUCAAAUCAAGAUGAACCCAGAAGAUCAGGAGAAAACAGCUUUCAUAACAGACCGAGGUACUUACUGCUACAAAGUAAUGCCAUUCGGGCUAAAAAACGCGGGAGCUACAUAUCAGCGCCUCGUAAACAAAAUGUUUGCCGAUCAGCUCGGUAAAACAAUGGAGGUGUACAUAGACGACAUGCUGGUCAAAUCCUCUAAGGGAAACAGACCACGUCGCACAGCUCCGGUAACUGAACGCGGAAUCGAGGCGAACCCGAAGCAAAUCUCUGCCCUCUUAGAUAUGCCUUCUCCAGAAAAUACUAGAGAAGUACAACGGUUAACCGGUCGAAUAGCAGCCCUUAAUAGGUUCAUUUCCCGGUCAACCGACAAGUGUCUUCCAUUUUACCAGCUCCUCCGAGGAAAUAAAAAAUUCCUCUGGGACGAAAAAUGCGAAGAAGCUUUCAAACAGCUCAAAACUUACCUCAGCGAACCUCCUAUACUGGCAAAACCAGUAGAAGGAGAACCGCUAUACCUUUACAUCGCGGUCUCGCCUGCAGCGGUCAGCGGGGUCUUAGUUCGCGAAGAGCUAAACGAACAAAGACCAAUCUUUUACGUAAGUAAAUCCCUGAUUGAUGCCGAGACUAGAUACCCAGCUAUGGAAAAACUUGCCUUAGCAAUAGUAAUGUCCGCUCGCAAGCUGCGACCUUACUUUCAAUCACACACAAUCGUGAACUGUGCUAAAGCCCAGGUACUAGCUGAUUUCAUGAUCGAGCUGGCACCGGAAGCCAAUAACGAUACCACCCUCUCUAAAGUUUGGACACUCUUCGUAGAUGGAGCCUCGUCCAAACAAGGAGCUGGCGUCGGAAUCAAACUCACAUCUCCAACCGGAGAAGUGAUCGAACAAUCGUUCAGACUCGGAUUCGUCGCCUCUAACAAUGAGGCCGAAUACGAGGCACUCAUAGCCGGACUCCGACUCGCAAUCGGGAUCGGCGUGAAUGAGAUCAACGCAUUCAGCGACUCCCAGCUCGUUACUAGCCAAUACAGCGGCGAGUAUGAAGCAAAAGAGGAGCGUAUGGAAGCUUAUCUCAAAGUAGUUCGAGAUUUAGCUGGACAAUUCAGUAAAUUCGAACUAACUAGGGUGCCUAGGGGAGAGAACACUUCGGCUGACGCCUUAGCUGCUCUCGCCUCCACUUCGGACCCAACUGUAAGACGUGUGAUUCCAGUCGAAGGCAUAGAUAAACCUAGCAUCGACAUCGCACUCAAGUCUGACAGUAUAAACGCAAUCACCUCGCGCCCGUCUACUCGUUCUCAAACUAGACAGUCCCAAGAUCCGGGACCAUCUAACCCGGAACCUGAUUCCGAGGAAGAAGAACCUGUCCAAGAUAGGCAAAAAACAAGGUAUAUCGAUUCGGACUCUUCGCAAAAUACGCAAGAUCGAUCGGAAGAUCGAGAUCACCUCGAUAUUCCCCUUUCGAACGAAGUGAGGUUCAGAGUCCACCUAUGUACCUUCAAUUUCUUACUUCGCAAAAAACCAAUCGAAGUCUGCAGCAUCCAAGCAUCAAGCGUAGUGUUCUAG